UGGGGGGGUGGAAACACCCUGCGGGCGCUUCCAGGAGGGGUCUCGGAGCCCUGCUCCCGCAAGGUCCUGCCUGCGCGUCGGGAGCGGGGCAGCCAGCGCGCCGGGCUCCGCCAUGCCGCCCCCCGGGACCCUGCUGCCGCUGCUGCUGCUCGCCCUGCCGCCCGCCCGCGCCUUCAACCUGGACGUGGCCGAGCCGGCGCUGUUCCGCGGUGCCCCGGGCAGCCUCUUCGGCUUCGCCGUGGAUUUCUACCUCCCGGAGCCCCAGAGUAUCAGCAUCCUCGUCGGAGCUCCCAAGGCCAACACAAGCCAGCCCAAUGUCACGCAGGGCGGGGCCGUCUACUACUGCCCCUGGCACCGGGGCAACAGCAGCUGCACCCCUAUUGAAUUUGACCAGACAGGGUCCCGCCAACACGACUUCAGCGGGAAUGGCACGGACGGGCAGACGCCGGUGGAGUUCAAAUCUCUGCAAUGGUUCGGAGCGACAGUGCGGUCCCACGGCAGCUCCAUCCUGGCCUGCGCCCCCCUGUACAGCUGGCGCACCCUCAAGGAAGAAUCUGGCCGAGACCCCGUUGGCACCUGCUACCUGUCUGUCAGCAACUUCACCAAGUUCGUGGAGUAUUCGCCCUGCCGCUCAGAUCUGAACUCGGUGGCGGGGCAGGGUUACUGCCAGGGUGGCUUUAGUGCUGAGUUCACCAAGACGGGGCGAGUGCUGCUGGGAGGCCCUGGAAGCUAUUUCUGGCAAGGCCAGGUGAUCUCAGCCACGCAGGAGCAGAUCAAGGAGGCCUAUUACCCCGGGUAUUUAAUCCUGGAGACCCAGGGGCAGCUGCAGACACGCCAGGCCACCCCCAACUAUGACGACAGCUAUCUGGGGUAUUCUGUGGCUGUCGGUGAGUUCAGCGGGGAUUCCACCGAAGACUUUGUGGCUGGCGUUCCCAAGGGAAACCUGACCUACGGCUACGUCACUGUCCUGAAUGGAUCAGACAUGAAGUCGCUGUAUAACUUCUCUGGAGAGCAGAUGGCAGCCUACUUCGGCUACGCGGUGGCUGCUGCUGACGUGAACAGUGACGGCCUGGACGACCUGCUGGUGGGCGCCCCGCUGUUCAUGGAGAAGACAGAGGACGGGCGGGUUCAGGAGGUGGGCAGAGUCUACAUCUACCUGCAGCAGCCCCACGGCAUGGAGCCCAAUGCCUCCAUGGUGCUGACCGGGCACCAGGAGUUCGGCCGAUUUGGGAGCACCAUCGCCCCACUGGGAGACCUGGAUCAGGAUGGCUAUAACGAUGUUGGCAUCGGGGCGCCCUUCGGCGGGGAGGAGCAGCAGGGCAUGGUGUACGUGUACAACGGCCAGGCAGGCGGGGUGAACGCCCAGCCCUCCCAGGUCCUGAAGGGGCACUGGCCGCCCAGCAGCUCGCCCGACUUCUUUGGGUUCGCCCUCCGCGGAGCCAAGGACCUGGACGGAAACGGCUACCCAGACCUGAUUGUGGGCGCAUUCGGAGUGGACACGGCCGUGGUGUACCGAGGCCGCCCCAUCGUCUACGCCAGCGCCUCCCUCAACAUCUUCCCCACCAUGUUCAACCCUGAAGAGCGAUCCUGUACACUGGAGGGCACCGACACCCACGUGGCCUGCAUAAACCUGAGCUUCUGCCUCAACGCCUCGGGGAAGCACGUGCCCGACUCCAUCGGGUUCACUGUGGAGCUGCACCUGGACCACCUGAAGCAGAAGGGGGCCAUCAAGCGGGCACUGUUCCUGCAAUCCCGCCAGCCCCACCUGGCGCAGACCAUCAAGGUGCACAACGGAGCCCUAGAGGAGUGCAGGGAGAUGAAAAUCUACCUCCGGAAUGAGUCAGAGUUCCGCGACAAGCUGUCCUCCAUCCACGUGGCGCUGAGCUUCGGCCUGGACCCGCAGGCCCCGGCAGACGCCCACGGGCUGCAGCCCAUCCUCAACUACCUCACCAAGAGCUACAUCGAGCGCAAGGCCCAGAUCCAGCUGGACUGUGGCGAGGACAAUAUCUGCGUCCCCGACCUGCAGCUCAACGUCUUUGGGGAGCACAGCGUGGUGUACCUGGGGGACAAGAACGCCCUGAACCUGACCUUCAACGCCCGCAACCGCGGGGAGGGUGGCGCCUACGAAGCUGAGCUCUACGUCAUCCUGCCCACUGAGGCCGACUACUCCGGGGUGAUCCGCAACCAUGGGAACUUCACCAACCUGAAUUGUGCCUACGAGUCGGUGAACCGGACCCGCAUGGUGAUCUGUGACCUCGGCAACCCCAUGAAGUCGGGCACCAGUCUCUGGGGGGGCCUGCGCUUCACCGUCCCCCAUCUUCGUGACAAGAAGACCAUCCAGUUCGAGUUCCAGAUCCGGAGCAAGAACGAGAACAACUCCCGCAGCGAGGUGGUGGCGUUCCCGCUGCGCGUCGAGGCCUCUGCCAGGGUCUCCUCCCACGGGGUCUCCAAGCCUGAGGCCGUGUCCUUCCCCGUCUCGGGCUGGAAGCCUGGCAGGAGUCCGGAGAAGGAGCAGGACGUGGGCCCCGAGGUGCAGCAUGUGUAUGAGCUGGUGAAUGAAGGUCCCAGCACCAUCAGCCACGGGGUCCUGGAGCUGAGCUGCCCUAUGAGCUUCCAGGGGAAACCGGUGAUGUACGUGACCCGCUACUCGGUGCCGGCCAACUGCACCUCCAGCCAGCCCGUCAACCCGUUGAAGCUGCAGCUGGAGAAGAAUCCCACCACCUCUCCCAGCCCGGAGCAGCAUUACCUACAGAGAUGGGACGCGGCACGGAGCAGUGGGGCCUCCGGGAGCCCCCACACCCUGAAGUGCCCCGAGGCCGAGUGCUUCCAGCUGACCUGCCAGGUGGGGACGCUGCAGAGGCAGCAGCGGGUCAGCCUUUGGCUUUACUUCCGGAUAUGGGCCAAAGCUUUCCAGCAGAAAGAGAACCAGCCCCAGGCCCUGCAGUGCGAGGCCGUGUACCAGGUCCACAGGAUGCCCUACAAGAUCCAGCCCCAGGAUUACCCCAGCGAGGCCUUAAAGGUGUCCACGGCGAUUCAGUGGGUGAAACCGGAGAGCAGCCACGGGGUCCCGCUGUGGAUCAUCAUCCUGGCCAUCCUGCUGGGGCUGCUGCUGCUGGCACUGCUCAUCUACGUGCUGUACAAGCUGGGGUUUUUCAAACGCUCCCUGCCCUACGGCACGGCCAUGGAGAAGGCUCAGCUCAAGCCACAGGCGGCCUCAGAGGCAUAGCGGGGCCAGGGCCGCCCGGCUGCUCUACGCGUCUGGGCUCUGUCUGUCUGUCUGUCUUGUUUGCUUUUGCCGGCGUGGCCGCCUCAGAGCGGCAUCGGGGAGGGGCGGCGCGGCCUGGCACAGCAAGGACGGGCUGCUCCCAGCAAGCUUGCCAAUGGGGCAGAGACAGACCCAAGGAAGCCCCACCGUGGGGGGCCAUGAGCUGAGCCCCCAGGACUUCAGCAGCAACUGGAGAACGCCCUGCCUGCUCUGUGCCCAUGGGGGUGGCAUCUCUGCCUCCCCUCGGCACCAGACCCCGGCAGCCGCCCACUGCCCUCUGCGGGCGCCCCAGCGGGUCAGAUGCUGAGGGCUGCGCUCUUCAGCCAUGGGCAAUACUUGAAGGCUGCUAGGAGGCCCUGCUGGGCUCUGCGGAGCCGUGGACUCCUCCCGCGGCACAGCGUGAAGUGCCGUCCCUCUGUCCGGCCGGCCGGUGUUGGCACAGGGUCGUGGAGUCUGAACUGGACAGUUUACAAGCUGCCCGUCCACUCAGACAUGCCGGAGCUAGGCCGGACAAGCACAAUCGCCCCAUGCAGCCACCGCCAUGGAGCUGGAUGGGACUUCCUGCCUUCCCCAGCCCACUUCCUGUCUGAGGCAGCUCCCCCGAGGACAUGAUGGACACUUCCAGCCAGAGGUUCUCGGGGCCACACUCAGCGAUGCCAAAGAUUGCAGCAUAGGAAGCCGAAGCCAUGGCCCGCCAGCUGCGCCUGCGCCAGCCCUGAGCUCGCAGCCCGGCAGGUGGGGCAGGGCGGCCCCGGGGCUGCGGCCAGGAAUCUGGGCUCUAAUUUAAAGUCUCUCCAAGUGCAAUAAACCCUUCGACGUCAGUAUUAAUCUUCUUAAUUAUGAUCAGGAAUUUUCUCUUGUGGUUGGAGGUCUGGCCCAGGUGCUCCCCGCUUUGCACUGACCCCACGCUGUAGGGCCAGCCCCCUCCCCCGCCCCGUACCCCCUCCCCUCCAGCCCCGCUCGCAGCGUCUCUAAGUUAUUAUGUUAUGUCUCCUGUCUGAAAUCCGGGGGUGGCCCCGAGCUGGCCCUGCGCUGCCCUCCAACGCUGGCCCUCAGGGAUAGCCGGGCUGCAUUGGGUGCAGCCUGGCAGGACCCCCAUGGAGAGCGCUGGGUUUUGCCUGGCGUUCCUGUGCAGCUACCCGCAGUCUGGGCAGACUCCACCAUGGAGAGGCGGUGCUAGAGCAGCCUCCUCCGCGGGCUCUGCCCCAUUGCCCCCUGGGCAGGCUGCCCCACAUGCUGGUGCCUAGCCGGGUACCUGGGCUCACUCCCAGACAGCACUUGCUGUUGAACUGGCCCUCGCCGUUCUCGGGGGGCACUGUGUGGACAGGGCAGCUGUUGCCCUAGUGGACCAGCCCAGAUGCCAGCAAAUAGGACAGCCAGGCUGCUGAAAGGGCCGGGCCAGGAGCUACCGUGCAGCCAGACCCUCGCCCGGAGCCCCCAUCCCGUCACUAGGAUCCUGGGCAGCACACCCUUCUCAGGGCUGGGAACCCCUCGCUCUGCCAGGCUGAGCCAGAGCCCUGGCUCCUGACCCUACCUCUCCCGGGGCCAGAGGGGCUCAGAUGAGACUGAAGCUUGAGCUGUGACUCGUGCUCCCGCGGCCAUUCGGGGGUCCAGGCCGGGCCGUUGGUGCCCCAGGGCCCGAGAGCUGGCUAAGUGGGGGCCGAGUCUUCAUUCCUCUCUCCUGCAGGCCAUCGGCAGGGGACCGAGGGCGGGGUCCCGGUGCUGGGGGCGGGGCUCUGGCAGCUGCUGGCUUCUCACUGGAGCGUGGCCCACGGCCACUCCCAGGGCAGGUGCAGCAGCCGAGAGUCGAAAUUGCACUACAGCCAGCAGUCCCUGCCCAGCCGGGGGGAGGGGGAGGGUGUCCUCUUCUUGGUAUUUAUCCUUCCACUUUAUAUUGGCUGUUCCAAACAGCC